CCGAGAAGACUAGUUCCUAACCUUCGGCAUAUCUCCGACUCCCGUGACGGAUGCGGCCGCUGACAGAGGAGUCUUGGGUCGUUCAUAAGUCACUUAUCAGAUAACUUGUGCCUCUUGCUCGUCGUCCACCAUGUUGUCUCGGCUUUCGACAAAGUCCGGAAAGGCCCUCUGCCGUUCAGCCCUCCGCUCCUCAUUCGCCAGAGUCGCGGUCAAAGAUGAACGCAGGUCGUUCGUUCAGCCCUCCGGGGCGGAUCGGGCUAGCGUAGUCGAUGUCCCCUCGGCUUACCAGGAGGAUACGGCGUUUGCGCCUCGAGUCGACAUGUUUGGCUUCAAGCUUGAGGCAACCCGCCGCGAAGGUGGUGCUCAGGAGCAAGCUCGUCCAAUCUAUCUAGACAUGCAGGCCACCACGCCUGUCGAUCCACGAGUAUUGGAUGCCAUGCUGCCAUAUCUCACCGACCAGUUUGGCAACCCACAUAGUCGUACACAUGCAUACGGUUGGGAGGCGGAAAAAGCAGUUGAGGAUGCACGCAAGCACAUCGCCGACCUCAUUGGUGCCGAUCCCAAAGACAUUGUCUUCACCUCUGGCGCCACGGAAACCAACAACAUGGCAAUCAAGGGUGUUGCUCGUUUCCACAAAGACAGGAAAAAGCACAUCAUCACGACCCAAACAGAGCACAAGUGCGUGCUUGACUCCUGCCGCAAGUUGCAGGAGGAAGGUUUCGAUGUGACAUAUCUCCCCGUCCAGACGAACGGAGUAAUCCGUCUCGAAGAGCUUGAAGCCGCAAUACGCCCUGACACCUCUCUUGUUUCUAUCAUGACCGUCAACAACGAAACCGGAGUCAUCCAGCCAGUCAAGGAGAUUGGCGAGAUCUGUCGCAAGCACCGAGGCGUCUACUUCCACACCGAUGCAGCACAGGCUGCUGGCAAGAUCCCCGUAGAUGUGAAUGAGUGGAACGUCGACCUCAUGAGUAUCUCGGGGCACAAAAUAUAUGGCCCUAAGGGAGUCGGUGCUGCGUACGUGCGGCGGCGACCCCGCGUCAGAUUGGAGCCCAUCCUCAGCGGAGGUGGUCAGGAGCGUGGUCUGCGGAGCGGGACUCUUCCUGCGGCGUUGGCGGUUGGCAUGGGAGAGGCAGCGAGGAUCGCGAAGCAGGAGAUGCCCCGGGAUCGCGCUCGCGUGAAGCAGCUUUCCGACCGUCUCAUCAACAACAUCAACUCGCGUGUCGAGCACGUCGUCCGUAAUGGCGACCCCAAUGGAUACCCCGGAUGUGUCAACCUCAGCUUCGCCUACGUCGAGGGUGAGAGUUUACUUAUGGCGCUUAAAGACGUCGCGCUCUCGUCGGGCAGCGCGUGCACAUCCGCAUCGCUUGAACCAUCGUACGUUUUGCGCGCGCUUGGAGCCGCGGAGGACAUGGCGCACUCGUCACUCCGCUUUGGCAUAGGCCGCUUUACCACCGAGGCCGAGAUCGAUUACGUCGCGGACAAAAUAGUCGCCGUCGUCGAGCGGCUGCGCGAAAUGAGUCCCUUGUGGGAGAUGGUCCAGGAGGGCAUCGAUAUCAACUCCAUUGACUGGUCUCAACACUAAAACGGCUCGACUUUGUAAAUGGAAUCGUCACCUCCCUCGACUCCCAUGGCAUCCGACAGAGCGCACUUUCUCGGAUAGUGCCGGACGUCCUACGUGAAUGCAUCAUCUUGCUCUCUAAUGCCACGGGGUUUACGUUUGUGCCCGCGUUUGCCACGAGUUCCUCUUGAACAGUCCUAUCCACCUAUAUUCCAUUCGUACCAUUCGUAGCAUACGUUCGCCUGGAUGAUCAGAAUUGCCCGUGUAUUAUGUGCACCUCCUGCGGAAUCCAGUAAUGCCAUGCCCAGUUUCUCCAGGCAUACAUGACGACAUUUUCUUGAUUGUGUUCUGUAGUGAUUCAAUCUAUCUCC